AUGGGUUUUAUGAGGCAAAAGCUCAAAAAGGAACACAAAAAGGCUGCCGCAACUUAUCUUCUAGAAAACGGGUCAGAUCUCCAUGAUGCCCUCAGCACGCCGGCUAUCUAUAACGAAGAUCGCGAUACCUUCGAGCCCCUUCCAGCCACUAGGGACUUAGAAGAAUCUUUGGCCACCUACAAUGAGUCUGUAGAGUCUAAUUUCAGAUUUGACGUGAAAACAUGUACUUUCGAUGAUGUCGUCUCAGAGCUCGACCGAGCUCGAGCGACAUAUGAAGGAAAGGCAGAAGGGGUUCUAGGAAUCGGGCGCAAAGCUUUACGAGGUGCAGGCAAUUAUUCCAACGAGAUCACUCCAUGGAUUGAUUUGGUUCCCUCGGAUCAUGGCUUGAGCUUUCUGAGCGCGGGAUUAAAGAUUAUUUUUGGCGUGAGAUUCUUCCCUUUUCUUUCUAUUGCGAGACGGAACACAGAAAACUCCGCCAAAAUUCUAGAUGCAUUCGCAGAUAUCCCAGAGUUAAUGCUCUCUGUCAAGGCGCGACAGAACCAGUGGGCGUCCGCAAAAGCACUUCGCGAAAGUGCCAUUGAACUCUAUGAAGUUUUGGCUCGAGCUCUAGCGAAACUAAUCGUUAUCUUAAACGGGAGCAUGGACAACGCGCCUCGUCUAACCGAACGCGCCCGGAGGUGCAUCAGACGAGUCGUUGGUUCUGGAAAUACGGCCAACUCGAUUGACGCUAUCCUUGGUGAAGUUCAGAAGCAGGCCAAAAGGUUUGAUCAGUGCUUGGACCUUGUGCGAAACCAACUCGCCAUUCAGACAGCGAUCGACGCGGCGGCGACAAAAACCAUUGCAGGGCGCAUCGAAACGAAGCUAGACAAAGUGAAGCAAGAGAUAAAGGACGCAAAUGCCGAGAUGAUAAACGACCUCCAGAGCAGAGAACAAGGCGUCUUUAUCCUCAAUGUUAUGCAUCAGAAUCUAGUAUAUAUCAACCCUUAUUGUCCCCCCGAGAUAACGUCGUCAAUGGUACCUUCGACAUCCAAACGCGCAGAGCCACUUCUAAGCGAUAUCGAGCUUCUCAGCAGCCUCGGUAUCAGUUCACAGUUACCCUCGAAUGAUUUAAGAACGAUAAUAAAAGAACUUUCUCGGUUCGAAAUCUCCGCGCAGACUCAAGCCCAACAGCUCUUCGCGUCACGCCAGUUCGCCGAAUGGAUGGCCUCGCAUCACCCUGUCACUUUGAUGGUCAACGGAAAUUUCGACACCCCCGGACCAGGACGGACCACCGCAUUAUCCGUCCUAUGUGCCAUGUUUGCCCUGAAGCUGCUUGACAAUAAUGAUGACUGCAUCGUUCUACAUCAUUUUUGUGGUUUGCAUGGGGCACGCUAUCAUUCCGAUCCAGCUGCGGGUCCUAAUGGGCUCAUUCGCUCGUUGCUGGCUCAAAUGCUACACACAGGCCGGGAAUUCAACCUUGACUUCAUAAACACGCCUCAGUUUACCGAUGACAUCCAGACACACUCACUCAAGAUGCUCUGUCAUACCUUCAGCCAGCUCGUAGAGCAGUUACCCCGGAACAUCACUAUAAUCUGCAUAUUGGAUGGGGUCAGUGAAUUUGCUUCUCAGCAAUGGAGUACCGAGUUCAGUGACGUACUCCUUAUACUCAAUCGACUGAUCACGAGCCCCGCCCUGCGACCCAUUUUCAAGCUCCUCUGUACAACCCCAUUCUCUGCAGGAGGACCCUUGAUUGAUCGGCAGCUCAAGGUGCAUUAUUCCCUUCGGCUACAGCCUUCUGGCGUUCAUGACGGUUACGCGUUCUCUGAAAGGUCCUUGCUUGAUGUGACUUCGCAAGGAGCUCGGCUUGACCAUUUUCGCAUGCGUAUGCUCGCGAAUCGAGCGAAUGAGGAAGAUGAUUCGGAAUCGGAUGAUGAUGAUUUUGACUAUACGGUGAGGUAUCAGACAAUGAAUUAA